CCCCACUUGUUUCGACGUAAGGUCGGCUUGUCACUCGAGAGUGCGUUGCCAUUCCGGCAACAUCGGACGUGUCCGUUCACCAGCAUCCUUGCCCGUUUUUCGCAACCGUGGUCCAUCUGGAACACCACUGAGACCCAGUGUCUUUACAAUCUUUUCAACAACGUUUCACGGUUUUUGUGGUGUCCGGGACAGUCCGUGGUUCGACGAGGUGCGACACGAUCAGUGAUACAAUUUUAAAGGAUGCUCUGACGAUCUUUGAACGCGGAACGACUUCGAUACAUUGUUAGACCUUUGGAAGAGAGUUCAGAGUUCUUGGUAAUUAGCCGGGAAUAGCAACGGACAAACGAUGGCAACGGAAACGCUGUCGCGCGAGCUGGACGCGCAUAUUAUCACUCUGUUGACGAGGAUCUCAGCGCUGAGGGAGAACAAUGCCGAUGUAACCGCCGAGAGGAAAGCCCCGAUGUCGAUCGAGGCGCGCAGCCUCGAGCUCUGGAGAGCGGUCGCCGUCGAGUGUUUCGCCACUUUCCUCUUCAGCUUGGCGGUUUCCGGCGCCGCGGCGUCCUCCGCGGUUUCUGGCAGUGGACUCUCCGUCCUUGCCACCGCUGUCGCCUCCGGGUUCGCCAUCGCCGCGAUUUCUCUCAUUUUUGGACACAUCAGCGGUGGCCACGUGAAUCCAGCUGUCUCGGUUUCUUUCGCUCUCUGUAGACGGAUUUCGCUGCUCCGCGCUGCUCUCUACAUCGCAGCACAAUGCGGAGGUGGAAUAGCCGGCGCGGCGAUGCUCUACGGGGUGACCACGCCAUCGAACACACAAACCUUGACGUCCCCCGGCCGCCUGAGCGGAGCCAUCGAAAGGUUGCUAGUGGAAUUGGCGUUGUCUGUGCUGAUUGUCCUCGCUCAUUUCACCUCGGAAUCCGCUAAGACGCUGCCGAUGUCCAUCUCUUCGAAACCAGCCGGCGUGUUGGCCGCAGCAUAUACGGCGGCCACUUUAGUUUCGAGUCCGUUCCUGAAUCCAGCCAGAGCAUUGGGACCAGCGUUCGUCAGCAACCGAUGGGACAACCACUGGGUCUACUGGGUGGGUCCGUUGUCGGGUAGCGCGGUAGCGGCGUUGCUGCACGAGUACGUGUUGAACCCGAAGCGGUCCAGAGACUCGCGGGACGUGGACGACGGGGACAACUCGUCGAUGAGGUCCGAUGAGGAUACCUAUGACGAUCUAGACAAGCCUACGGGGCCCAAGUUUCCUAGCGCGUAUGCCACCUAUCGUCCCGUGGCAGGAGCCGCGUCUUCUUCCAUCUACAGCGCGCCACCCACAGCUUUGGAGCGGGUCGAAUCGAUUUAUGGCGGAACAAAAUCUUUGUACUGCAAGUCGCCGCCGCUGACUCGGGCCAAUUUGAACCGCUCUCAAAGCGUGUACGCAAAGUCGACCACCGGGACCAAGGACGGUCUGAUGAUCCCGAAACCGGGUCCGCUGGUCCCGGCUCAGAGCCUCUACCCGAUCAGGAUAGGACAGACAGCCUCCCAGAACUCGAGGGAGAGUCAGCAACCGCAGAGCGGGCCCAGCGGCCCGGCCCAGACUACCCAGAAUCAUAACAGCACCAACCAGAACAUGCAGAAUCAACUGCAACAAUGUACUCAAAGCAUCUACGGCAUUAGGGGAAUCUCGACCAGCCUGAGUACCCGGGAGAACGGAAUCUAUGGCGUCUCCACCGGGUCCAGUAUAUACGGACGCGCUCCUGCCCCUCCUCCUGCGAAUCAGAGCUCUUCAUCGGCUCAGGGUGUCCAGAACGCGGGACAGAACCACCAUCAACAACAGCAGCAACAGCAGCAGCAACAGCAACAACAGCAACAACAACAACAACAGCAGCAGCAGCAGCAGCAGCAGCAACAGCAGCAGCAACAACAGUUGACGGUCAACUCUGAAAAUACAGCUAAUUCUAGGAGACCUGAAAGCAUGUACGGUCACAUUUCUAGACGCAGCGAUGAUUCCGCGUAUGGUAGCUACCAAGGCUCCACCAGAGGAAACUACGGGAAAGUACCCGGCCCACCGGGUCCACCAGGCCCACCCAGCGGACCUUCGGGCCCCCCGCAGUACCGCGACCCAGGCAGACCUAGCCCAGCUGCACCCUUGCAGCAGAGCCAACAGAACUUCCAGAGGAACUCACCGAAUCCGCAAUACUGACUAUAAAUGCAACCUUGUCGGAUGACUAAGGCAACUGCUGAAAUUGGCAGCCGAUGAGGCAUAUUGAUCGCGGAUCCGGAUAUGCGAUCGCAAGCGGUCGCGGGGAUGAAAUGUUCUGACACGAUGAAGAAAUCGUCUGGAUUCUUGUUCGCAUCGGAUCGGGGCCUCGCUAGGAAGCAUCCACGUGUGCCAUUUAUGUAAUGUGAUCAGAGGGACAAGGUAGAUCCUUUACCGUUGGGAUGUGUCGGAACGUUGGAGACAUCUAUUAUUGGCAACCGUGCGAGUAUGUUUAAGGAUGUUUUUCACACAGGAUCUUUUGGACAUUUUAAAACGGUAACGUUUACUGUUACCCGAAGCCGAUCGUAUUUCGGUCCUGAAAUUAAAAGUAUUGUCCACCGUAAAUAUUUAUCUCGUUGAGAUUCGUUGCGAUUACACGGGAAUUACAACGGCAAUACUUUACGAUUGUUUCCCACACGAGUCAGGCGAACCACCGAACUGCCAAUUCUUGCUAAUUCUUGCCAAUUCUGUAUCCAUCUAUAAAUAAUAAUUUUCUAUAUUAAUUCAUUAGGAUUUGCGAUUGUUUAAGUAAUGUUUUUAAUCGAGGUUUAAUUGUUCGAACGUUUACCGAAACUCGCGGUGUAUCUUCCAAGAUGGCCGACAAACGACUAAUUUCGAAUUUCGAUACUGUGAUCCGAAUUGAAAUUUGGUUUGCUCGACUCGAUCGAAAGUUGAUAACUGGAUACAUUGGAUUCGGACUGACUAGACUCGUAAACUGUGUAUUGCCAUAAAAGACUGAUCUCGCACAAUAAUUUCGUUGAAUAGAUCAAUUACCUUUUUCUAUACCGAUAUUAGUCGUACUCACGGAACGCGAUCGUCAUUAGAGAAUAUCGUAGGACAGUUUCUAGUUUGUACAACCUCGGUUGUACGAGGCGAAAGAUUUCGCGACCGUCAGAAGCAAAGUGUACGAUAUAACUUGUGUAUCAGGGCCGUAUCAUUUUUCAGAGAUAUACGACGAUAUUUGACAGAAAUACACGACUUAUCAAAACGCGAACGAAUUGCAGACGUUUGUAUAUUGAUAAACCCACGAAAACAAGUGCUUUGUAUAUAUAUACAUAGAUAUAGAUAUAGAUAUAGAUAGAUAUAAUUAUUAAACUUUGUAUUUAUUACUUUUUAUCGUAGAUAUAGAAUUACGACCGCGCUUGCGUUCGUGUAUGUAUGUAAACGGACAAGUUCGACAAUAAACAAAUCGAUGAAAGUGACUUACUUGAUAUAAAAAACAA